AUGACCGCCGAAGCAACCGUCGUUCACAAUAACGGCGUCGCUCUCAACGGAGAUGCCUCAAAUGGUAACAUUACCGCUUCCUCUAAGAAGUCCCGCGAGAGCGACCGUCGACGCCGCAGGCGGAAGCAAAAGAAGAACAACAAAGCGUCUAAGGCCGAUGUAGAAGAAGCAGACGUUUCCGCUACUUCUGAGUCUAAGGAGAGCGUAGAUCCGCAGCCACAGGUGUCUGAGCAGAUUGUGAUAGAGUAUGUUCCUGAGCAGCCCGAAUUUGAAGAUGGUGACGAUGAAUUUAAGCAAAUCUUCGAGAAAUUCAACUUUCGGGAACCUGUUGCCUCUGAGGACGACGCUAAGAAGGAUGAGUCUGGGGAGAAAGAAGAUGUAAUGAAGAAAGCCAAUUCAGAUUCAGAUUCAGACGAGGAAGAGAAGGAUGACCAACAAAAAGAGAAAGGAGUUUCUAAUAAGCAGAAGAAGCUUCAACGGAGGAUGAAGAUUGCUGAGCUGAAGCAGGUAUCCGCUAGGCCUGAUGUCGUUGAGGUCUGGGACGCUACUUCAGCAGAUCCAAAGUUGUUGGUGUUUUUGAAGUCGUAUCGGAAUACAGUUCCUGUUCCAAGACAUUGGUCCCAGAAGAGAAAAUAUUUGCAGGGAAAGCGUGGUAUAGAGAAGCAGCCAUUUCAUCUUCCUGAUUUCAUUGCUGCAACCGGGAUUCAGAAAAUUAGAGAGGCUUACAUUGAGAAAGAAGAUGGUAAAAAGCUGAAGCAAAAGCAACGGGAGCGUAUGCAACCAAAGAUGGGGAAGAUGGACAUUGACUACCAGGUCCUCCAUGAUGCAUUCUUCAAAUACCAAACAAAGCCUAAGCUGACAGCUCUUGGUGAUUUGUAUUUUGAAGGGAAAGAGUUUGAGAUUAAACUGAGGGAAACGAAACCAGGGACUUUGUCACGUGAGCUAAAAGAAGCUCUUGGCAUGGGUGAUGAUGCUCCUCCCCCGUGGCUAAUUAAUAUGCAGAGAUAUGGUCCUCCCCCUUCUUACCCACAUCUGAAAAUUCCUGGUCUUAACGCUCCUAUUCCAGUUGGAGCUAGCUUUGGUUAUCAUCAUGGUGGCUGGGGGAAACCUCCAGUUGAUGAAUUUGGGCGUCCGUUGUAUGGAGAUGUCUUUGGUGUCCAGCAACAAGACCAGCCAACUUAUGAGGAUGAGCCUAUUGAUAAGAACAAGCACUGGGGUGAUUUAGAGGAAGAAGAAGAAGAGGAGGAGGAGGAGGAGGAAGAGGAACAAGACGAGGAGAUGGAUGAAGAGGAACUAGAAGACGGCAUUGAAUCGGUGGAUACACUGUCAAGCACUCCAACUGGCAUAGAGACACCAGAUGCAAUUGAACUUCGUAAAGAACAGAGAAAGGAACCCGAGAGACCUCUAUAUCAGGUGCUUGAAGAAAAGGGAGAGAGUGUUGCUCCUGGAACAUUGCUGGGAACCACUCACACAUACGUUAUCAAAACUGGUACUCAAGACAAGACGGGAGCUAAAAGGGUUGAUUUGCUUAGAGGGCAAAAGACAGAUCGUGUGGACAUCAGUUUGCAGCCAGAAGAGCUGGACGCGAUGGAAAAUGUUUUGCCUGCCAAGUAUGAGGAGGCAAGAGAAGAGGAGAAACUGCGCAAUAAGCCAGAAGAUUUCAGUGACAUGGUUGCUGAGAAUUCGAAGAAAAGGAAGCGUGACAAGGAAGGGAAGAAAAAGAAAGAUUUCAAGUUCUGA